AUGUCGGAUUCUUUCACCCAACAGUUUUUACAACUUGUCAGAAGAAUUGGAAAUCAACUCAAUCGUAAAGUUGCCGAGGUUCUGUUGGUUCUGACCAAGUACAAGAAUAAAUCAAAGGAAACCAGUAGGUUCUUCAGAUCCGAGGAAUGCUUCCUCUUCAGUUACUCAAGCAGAGUUUCCUAUUCCACUGAACUAGACAGAAUUGACGAGUUACAUCCUCCCCUGAAGUUGACACUUGGAGAGCUUGUGCGGAAGAAGCUACAUGGAAGCCGAAAGAUAACUUGCCAACUGCUUGGUGUAAUUCUGGAGGAGGAGACUCCUGAAGAACUAAAGGAGCAUGCAACCGUGAGGUCCUCUGUGGUGGAAGUUCUGUGGGAAAUCAGCAAAACUUGUGAUGUCUAUCUGAUGGAUAGAAUAAUUGAUGACGAAAGUGGGGAAAGAGUUCUCUUGGCUCUGGAGAACGCUGGUCUUUUUGAAGCUGGUUGUUUGACAAGAGACAAGGUUCUCUUUUGUAGUACUGAAAAUGGGAGGAUGUCUUUCAUUCAGCAAUUAGAACCAGAUUGGCAUGUGGACAGUAACCGUGAGAUUGUCUCACAGCUUUCUAGGUUCAUCAGAUACCAACUGUACGUUUCACCAACUGGAUCGCCUAUCACUGGAUCGAACAUCUUCAGCUCAACAAGUUUGGAUAGCUAUUUAACUGAAUAAAGAGUUGAUUCAAAACAUCAGUUUCUUCCUUAUUAGCACUGUAUAUAUGUCGUCAUUAGGGUAUGACCAGCUGUGGGAUGUAAUGUUGCUUGCUUUGGGGCUUUAGCUUUCGCCUUUGGUACCUUUUAAAUGUAUUCUAGGAUUGGAUGUACGGAUCACUAUAUCUAGGGUUGAAUGAAACAGGGGAAUCUAAAAAUUGCUCGGUGCCAUAUCCUUUCUGCUGCUCAGUUCCAUUGUUAUUUACACUAUAUGUAACUUUUUGCUUUUAUUAGUUGUCGCAAUUAAUGUUUGAGAUUUGGGUUGUAAUACAUCAUGCGUCUUGUGUAUCGUUUCAACUUCUUAA